GUUUAUGUAAAAUACAAGAUGGCAGCUGCCUGUGUGAGAACGCUGGGUAAGGUCGGCAGGCUGGUAUUGGAGACACCAGCUUGCCGGACAGCGAACAGUUAUGCCUUGGUACCGAAAAUUACUCUUAAUGGAUCUAAAAGAGCAUACGGAACCGGUACUGGAGGGUUCCGGUCUAUACCCUUCUUUACGACCCAUCUGCGUAGCGCGAGGGUGCUGGGAUGUGCGUUCUUGCUCGGUGGUGGGCUAGGUCUGUAUCAGACUGUUAAAUUAACUUUCCAGCGUCACCUUGCAGAAGAAGAGGCACAACCAUUUAAACCCAGUGCAGAAGUGAAACUGACCCUUUACCAGUACAAAACCUGCCCCUUCUGCAGUAAAGUGCGGGCGUUCUUGGAUUACCAUGGGCUACCCUAUGAGAUUGUGGAGGUUAACCCAGUAAUGCGGAAGGAGAUUAAGUGGUCCACCUACAGAAAAGUCCCCAUCUUGAUGGUGAACGACUCGGUGCAACUGAACGAUUCAUCCGUCAUUAUUAGUUCUCUGAAGACCUUCUUAGUCAGCAGGGAGAAAACGAUUCCUCAAAUCCUCGAGUGCUACCCAGAGAUGACGACGAGGAACGACAGUGGAAAGGAGGUGGUGGAGUUCAACAACAAGUACUGGAUCAUGGUGACCGGUGGAGAGGAGGAGACACUGUACCCAGACAAGGGGGCAAGGAAAGAGGAGAUGAAAUGGCGCAAGUGGGCUGAUGACUGGCUCGUCCACCUCAUCUCCCCCAACGUCUACCGUACGCCUGGCGAGGCCUUGGCGUCCUUCGACUACAUUGUGCGCGAGGGCAAGUUUGGCACCUUUGAGGGCUUCUUUGCCAAGUAUGUAGGAGCUGGCGCCAUGUGGCUCAUCUCAAAGAGACUCAAAAAUAAACACAACCUGCAGAACGACGUGAGGCAGGACCUUUACAAGGCUGUGAAUGACUGGGUGGCAGCCAUCGGCAAACAGAGGAAGUUUAUGGGAGGGGGUGAGCCCAACCUCGCAGAUCUGGCCGUGUUCGGCGUGCUGAGAGUGAUGGAGGGGCUUCAGGCGUUUGACGACAUGAUGGAGAACACCAAGGUCAAGCCGUGGUACCGGCGCAUGGAGAAGGCCACCCAGCACAAGGAGCCUUCAGUGGCUAGCUUUGGAAGCUGCUCGCCGCCUUCAAAAAAAGAUACAAUUUAGACAUAAUGUAAGGAAAAACAUGAACAAUAAUUUAAUUGGUAAAAACUGAUGCAUCUAAAUAUGAUCGGAUCUGUUCAUCUGUGAUUGCUAUGCAUUAUGCAAUGUGUAUUCCAGAGGUUCUUAUGUGCCCAAAAUCAGUCAGAGUUUAUACAUUUAUCUGUGGCAAACACAACUCCAGUUCAUAGCCUGGCCUUUCAAAGGGUAAUCUAAGCACUUCAUGUCAGCCUGCGCCUAGUGGAGAAUUAGCCCUGACCAGUCUUGGCGUUCUUGAGGAAUGCAAAUGAUUUUACUACUAUUUUUUUCUCUGAGGAUUGACAAGAUUGCAGUUUUUGUUAGUGAAACGUAACGGUUUCUUUAGUUUCUAGAGGCAAGGUUAGGAAUAGAUUGAUUUCAUGCAUUAUGCAAGGAGGAAGGCUAAACGUGUAUGGGUUUUCUUUAACAAUCUAUAUUUUUGUUGGCUUUGCUUUCUUCAGUGAUUCUCUUCCAUUGUUUCAAAGCAAAUUCCAUUUAGUAACACUUACCGUCAUAAGUUAUUCUGUAUUUUUAUCCAUGUCUACCUCUAAUUUUGGAAGUCAGAACUCAAAAUGUAUAACUCAGAAGACUGGUGUCAUGUGAAUGAUAUGGCUCCUGACACAACAUAUCUGAAGAAAAUAUGACUGUUGUAUUUGGUUAGGACAGGUUUUGCAUUGGACAAACACGUAUGAAACCUUGAUUGGUAAAUGGCCACUGUUGCAUAUGGGCUAAGAAUGAGUUAUUUCUAUUCAUUGCCCCAUAACAAAUUUCUGAGUAAUUUAUUUCUUAUUGAAAAUGGUUCAAUAAAAAUGAAAAAUAAAAAAACAUGAAAACACA